CUCGCUACGUCACACGUACCUAACCAUCUCGUGCACAGGCAGUAAAUAAAUAGAUAUGUUUAAGAUACAAUGGGGCGGUGUAAUUAAAAAGAUAGUUCAUUUUUGCUGAAUAAUACCGGAAGAACUCUAGCUCAGUACAGUAUAAAAGCAAGUGAGCAGUACAGUAUUUAAGUGCGUCACAUAUUUAUCUGCUGAAAGCUGUUUGAGGGAAGAACGAUUGCUAGACUCUAAAUUCCGGGCAUUUCUGUCUUGUGUAGCGAUCAUGUCUGCCACAGUCACUGCGAAAGCUUACCUUUUAGGUCGUGAUGAAGCACCACGAGAGAUCCGCCGCUUUACUUUAGAACUGCGUCCAAUUCCCGGCCGCUUGGAGAGGCUCAACGCUAAGGUCCUUGAAGUCUUUCAGGGUCUAAAGAGCGAAUCCUUCCAAAUGUGUUACAAAGAUGAGGAGGGUGACAUGAUAGCAUUUUCAAGUGAAGAAGAAUUGACUUUGGCACUGUCUUGUGUAAAAGACAAUAUCUUCCGUUUGUAUGUGAAAGAAAAGAAAGAAUGCAAGCGUGAGCAUCGCAGGCAAGCUCUGGAACAAGCUGCGGCAGCAGCCAGUGCUGGUGCUGUACAUGCUGGUACUGUACAUGCUGGUGUGACAUGUGAUGGCUGUGAUGGCCCUGUGGCAGGAACCCGAUACAAGUGUGCUGUUUGCCCUGAUUAUGAUCUGUGCAGCAGUUGUGAGGGGAAGGGCUUGCACACGGAACACGAUAUGAUUAUGUUCAGAACUCCACUGAACCAUCCUUUUGGGUGGUUUCCUCGAGGUCCAUGGCAUCAUAAAAUGAAACAUUGGAAGCAUGGAUUCCCACACCCUGCGUGGAUUGCUGCAGCUGGGCGACACCCCGGUGGUCCUUUCUGUCCUAAUUUUGGGCAUAAUGCUACGCCUAAUGCCCAACCACAGCAAGCUGGCCCUUCUACAAAUCAGGAGCAAGACCCUGGGGUGACCUUACUGAAGGAAGUAGGCGAAAAUGUUGCAGCUAUGCUGAACCCUCUAGGUAUUGAUGUAGACAUCGAUGUGGAACAUGGUGGAAAGAGGAUCAAAGUAAACCCAUCACAGCCCUCCUCCAUGGAUGGAUGUGCUAGCAAAAGUAUGUCAACUGCAAAUUCAGAGGAUGCCAUAGAAAUGGAGGCUGGAAAUCCAAAUUCUGUGGAAAAGGAAAAUGUGCCAGGGAGCAAAAACUUCACAGCUGAACAGCCUAUGCAGAUGGAGGAGAGAGAAGUUUUUAAGGCAAAAACUGAUGCAGGUGCAGCCUCCGGGGGUGAAGAAGAGUGGACUUGUAUCAGUUCAAAGGAGGUGGACCCAUCUACAGGGGAAUUGCUGUCAUUGCAGAUGCAAGCAGAAGAAGCUCUGCGGUCUCUCCGGCUGUCCAAUCCUGACACAUCCCUGGAUGGGCCAACAGGGCUAAGAGAAGCAGCGGCUUAUCCACAUCUUCCACAAGAUGCAGACCCCCGUUUAGUGGAAUCCCUAGCACAGAUGCUUUCCAUGGGGUUCUCGGAUGAUGGAGGAUGGCUAACCCACCUUCUGCAAACCAAGAACUGUGAUAUCGGACAGGCCCUGGAUACUAUUCAGUUCUCCAGGAAAAAUGCAGCUCGAAAAUAAUAAAUCGGCCUGAUUCUUUUUUUAUUUUUUUUUUUUUUUUAUUUUUUUUCCUUCUGUAGCUUGAACUCUUAUUUAAAAAAAUAGCUUUGUAUUGCACCUACUGCUGUGAAUCAUAUGUACAAACUUUUACAAUAAACAUUUCUGCAGGGAUAUUCCCCUUUAAUGUC